AUGAAGCUUUCACUAUUAGUGGUCGCCACGGCGGCAGCCGCUACUUGCAGCAGGCACGUUAAGACAGGUCUCGAUGUCCUUAUUGAAAACAACUAUGCCCAGCUUGCUGGCAAGAAGGUCCUCAUACUCACUAAUCCCACCGGCGUCACCCCGCAGCUGGACCUCGGAGUGGAUGUAAUGAUCCGAUCCGGAAAGGUAGACCUGGUGGGGGUCAUGGGACCUGAGCACGGUUUCCGUGGCACGGCGCAGGCUGGAGAUGCUGAAGGCACAUUUGUGGAUGAGAAGACGGGGCUGACGGUAUAUGAUGCGUAUUUGGCGAACACGACGGAGCUGAUGGGGUUUAUCGAAGACUCAGGGGCAGAUACGGUGUUGUUUGACAUUCAAGAUGUGGGGGCUCGGUUCUAUACGUAUCUAGAUGUUUGGGCUAUGUAUGACACAAUGAUUGCAGCGGCCAAAAGAAAUGUCUCCUUUGUCGUCAUCGACCGUCCAAACCCCACCACCGGCCUUAACGCCUUCGGCCCCGUCCUUAAUGAAUCUUUCGUUACCUCCUACGUCGGCCGCCGCGCCAUCGCCCAAUCUCACGGCAUGACCGUUGGCGAGCUCGCCCACAUGUUUAUAGGCGAAGGCUGGAUCAGUGAAGCUGCUGACGGGUCCUCCCUCUCCCUGAACGUGAUUCGAAUGGAGAACUGGCAGCGUUGGAUGACAUUCCAUGAUACAGGCUUGCCCUGGGUGAUGCCUAGUCCAAAUAUGCCCACGAUGGAUACAGCGAUGCUGUACCCAGGAACAUGUAUGUUUGAGGGCGUCAGUCUCUCGGAAGGAAGGGGCACGACGAGACCCUUUGAGCUGCUAGGUGCGCCGUGGGGGAACGAGUCUUGGGUUUCGGCCAUGAGGGAGUUGAAUAUUGCGAAUACACAAUAUCGGUUUCAGUGCUUCACCCCCACGGCGAAUGAAUUCCAGGGGAAGGUUUCGUGCGGAUUGCAGACAUACGCAAACUUGCGAUCCGUCGAAGAGCUUGAGGAGUUUGACGCGCCAUAUGUGGGAGUAAGCCUGCUCUAUACAGCGAGGAAGCUGUACGCUGUGGAGAACACGACGGGUGAUGAGCCGACGACGGGAGCUUUCCACUGGGUGUACAGUAAGGCCGAUGGGUCAUUGUACAAUGUGGAUCUCUUGACGGGGUCGCCGCUCAUCAGGGAAGGAAUCGAGGAUGGGCUAACGCCUGAGGAAAUUCGCGACGCAUGGUUGCCGCGCUUGGACGUGUUUAGGGAGAAACGGAAGAAAUACUUGUUGUACUAA